GGUCACUGUGAUUGUGUGGCAUCGAAGCAUCAGUUCAAAUGACUGAUCUACCUCUGCUGCUGCUGCUGUUGUUGUUAUCUUGUCCCGGGUUUGGCAGAAUGAGCGCUAAUCCUCCCGACUCGGCGCACAACAAAAGCGGUCCGGAUUCGCGUUCGCGUUCAUCUCGGAGGUUGGGACCCGUCGAAACCUCUAUUCUAGAAUACGUUUUGCACGUUCACGGCCGUGAUGCUACCCGACGCGCUCAGCUUAUCAGUCUAUUUGUUCAUGCUCAGUUACUUGCUCGAGGAGCCAGACCAAGUUCAGGAGGAGGAGAAACUCAGUAUCUAGCAGUCCUUGGAUCACCGUCAUUAGAUGAGGAUCCAAUACGAUUAUCGUAUACUCUUGUGCCUCGUCCUGGAGUAGAGACACUUUCCUCUGUGACUAGUCAGCUACAAUUGUCUGUCGCCGAAACCGAUUCUAAAAUAUUCGUCAAUCUAACCGAUACUACGACGGACAAGUUUGGCCAUACCGAGCUAUCCGGCCUCGAGCAUGUGCGUCUGAGUAGCGAGAUAACCUCUGGGCCUACAGACAUUCACAACGUCUAUCCACGAGUUGAAGAGCUACUCGAUGCGAUUGAGGAGAAUCUAUGGAAACCGGUACUCCCUACACCACCACUAAACCGCGUCACCGAACCCGAAAGGAAGAGGGAGAAACCAGAUUCCGCAACAUUUCCCAAUGAACCACAGCGUUUUCCUCCAGCGGCUUACGACAACAAUCGCGGACGGUCAUCAAAUUUCCCAUUUCCUGACUAUGGCAGAAGUGAUCUAGACCCCCUUGGAUCGGCAGGGACUCGAGGCGGGAUGAUCUUGGAUCCCAGGCGUCCAAUCGCUGGUCCUCCCUUCGGAUCCGGUGGCUCGUUUUUAGGUGGACCAGAUGUGUUGCCUCCAGGCUCUGUUCCUCCGGGUGCCAGAUUUGAUCCAUUCGGGCCCGGGAUUGUGCCAGACAGGCUCCGUUUCGGAAAUCCACCGCACACACGAGGGCCUGACCCAGAUCAUGCACUGCCUCCGGGGUUCGAUGACAUGUAUCUUUGAUUAUUCCGUUCCAUCACCCAAUAAAGAGCUUUCCAACUUCCCA